AUGGGAUCACCAGGACCGUCACCACAUCACCAUAUCACCACCUCGACGGCAAACACCACAGGACCAAUAUCAUUCCACCCCAUCAGUCGGACAGCAGUAUCGCCCCCAGGAAGCCCCAACAGGAAAUCCCCUGCGGGCCCUAGGGCCGGGUCACCGAUUUCCAACGCACAAGCGAAGGCAUCUUCGCCCCUGCUGGGUUUCAUGACGCAUUUCGGCGCUCUGGCAGCGGCGGCAUCUGGAAGAAGCCCGUUUGUUGCUGUCUACCCACAACCCACUGCGGCAGACAACAAGCCUUGUCCAUGGUAUGCAGCUUGGGCGACCGCGAGGGUGUCUCAUCCGUCGGCGAUUGUGGGCGGUGUGACUGCUCCAGACAGACCGAGUCCUACGGGAGGAUCCACAACAACAAACGACGAAACUAGUCCACCUCCUUCACCGCGAGGCUGCUCUGGUAUCGUAACGGCCAACAUUUCGGAUAACAGACGCAGUCCUUCCUCUCCCGAAGACAACCAUUUGGAGAGCGCAACAGUCGUCGGCAUCAGAGACGAUCGCUGCUCCAGUACUCCCCGGAGCAGUCCGGGUCUCCCAUCCUCAUCCUCCCACGUCUCCACAACGAAUCACCAUCACCAUCACCACCACCUGAGCAACAUCCUGGCCGGACACACGCAUCACCACCCGGCUUUCUUGACCAGCGAAUCUUACUUACCCGGAGCUGGACUGCACCUCGCUGGACGACCGAAAUCACCGCAGGCGUUCGGCAUGCACCAGCAUUCCAGAGAACACAAGGACCUGGAGAACAUGGACAUCGAAGACGACGCAGAUGAGGAUGACGACUACGACAGUAAAGACGUGAAGAAGGAAAACGGAUCGGGCUCCAGCAAUAGUAACACCAGCAAUGCAAACAACAACAACAAUAACAAUAACAAAAGAAAAAAGAAAACGCGCACUGUUUUCUCGAGAAGUCAAGUUUUCCAGUUAGAAUCUACAUUCGAUAUGAAACGAUAUUUAUCGAGUUCUGAACGUGCAGGUUUAGCAGCAUCCUUACAUUUAACAGAAACUCAGGUAAAGAUCUGGUUCCAAAACCGUCGUAACAAAUGGAAAAGGCAAUUGGCCGCCGAGUUGGAAGCGGCCAACAUGGCGCACGCCGCUCAGAGGCUCGUUCGAGUUCCG